CAAAUUCAACAGGAGAGGCGUGUCCCUCCCUCUACAAAAGCAUAUUUACCAUGAAAUGAUUGUUGCUUAAAGGAACAGAGGACGUCCUCCUUCAAGUUACAUCCCUUCAUUUACCAGCUCUCAUAAGAGAAAGGAAGGAAGGGAGAAGUUUUUACUUGCAGAAAGAAGAUGAAGAUGAUAAUAUGCUGACUGAACCCAAGAAUAAACUUCAGAAUUGACAUCCAUGUUUUAUGUCAAGAGCAGAGACAUCAGUGCAAAGAAAAAUGGGAUCUGAUCACGGAGUCGUGGACCGAGUGUCAUAUGCUCAUCCCUUGACGUUUGGCUCGUCUUUCAACCAGCACUAUUUCCCCUUCAAAGAUGCACUGAAAAAUCCCCAGAAUUACCAAGAGCAAGUCAACAGUCAGCGGUACAUCGGAUGCUUUUCCUACCUGUCCUACCAUGGGAACUUCAGUGUACACGACUACUCCUUGGAACCUGCGUUCAUCCACAAACGCAACGAGAGAGAGCGGCAGAGAGUCCGAUGUGUCAAUGAGGGAUAUGCGAGACUCCGUGAACAUUUACCACAGGAAUUUGAGGAUAAAAGACUAAGCAAGGUAGAGACACUGCGGGCGGCCAUAAGCUACAUUAAACACCUGCAGAACCUUCUGGAGGUCAGUCUACCUCAGGGAAUGUCUUCAGAGAAGGGCAGAGGAACUCAAGGACUAGUGUGAGUGGCAGCAUUGAUCUGGGCUACUAAGUACUGUAUACUUGCCAGUAAAUUCUUCAUUGUUUCGUCACCUUUAAAACCUUGAGUUGAUUAAACUUGAUGUUUAUCAGAUGUUAAUCAAAUGUAAUGUUUUACAGAUGAUACACUCUUUAACCAAUGUCUUAGAGGUGUUUGUAUGCGUACUGGUUGUGGUCCUGAAAAUGUUCAUAGUUUCCUCUCAGGAGCAUGUACAGGUACAGUGAAUGUGAACAAUAAUCAAGGAACAAACAAAUAAAAAAGGUUAAAUGGGCCUUAAAUUAAUUAUACUCUCUUUACAUUUAGAAAACUAUGCCUCUUACUU